AUGCAAGCCAUCAGCAGCAGCUAUGACGACCAAUACCUGGUAACCUGUGGAGCCGACGGCAACAUCUUUGCCUUCAGCAUUCUUUCAAUGGAGGAUAUUGAGCGAGACCUGAAAGUCAAGAAAGCGAAAGUUCCAUCUCCGAGGGAUAGUCGGGAGGGGGAAAAACAUGCCGAGGAUAUUGAGGAUCCUAACGCUUACAGCAUUGAGAAUGCCGCACAGAAGCGCCAGUUGAUCUUCUCAUGAAAGAAGCUGAGGAGAAGAAGGGCCAGGAAGCGUCAAGAGCUGGUCCAGAUGAGAAAGAGUUCCAGGCACUUUCUGAGGAAAGAAUGCUGAGCUGCCAAAAAACACAUGCAACUGGGAAGAGCAGAGUUUGAGAUGGAUCACAGAAUCCGCGAAGAGAUGGAGCGGCAAAAGUCAGAAAGCGUGCGCACCGCACUAAAGGAGCUAGCAUGGGAGCAAGAGAAGCACAACAUUGGACUAAAGAAACUGCAAGCCCAGUUCCGGGAUAAGGUGGAGUUUGACGCGGGUGACGGUGCGUGCCAUCAGCACUGAACACCAAGUAUCCACAUACAGACUCCUGUCUCUCCCAGAGAAAGACUACAAGGCGAAGGGGAUGAUACUGAAAAGGAGGCCAACCCGAUACGACAUCUUUCAGAAAGAGGAAAUGUCUAAAGAGAACCGGGACUCAGAGUCCGAUCUCGGGGCCAGAAGUAUUGUGACGGCGGGUGCAAUAGCAGAGCCCGGUUUUGGGGCCCGGAAGCGGGGCCAGCAACAGAUGUCGCAGUGGGCGUGGAAGAGGUCCGAAGGUCAAGUGGAAAGAAUCCGCAAAGUCAUAGAAAAGGCUGAGAAGGCAAAAUCAAAAAUUUCCCAGAGGAAGCGGGAAUGGGAUGAGUUAUAUAAGACCAAACCCAGCGAAGACUACGAGGAUCCGCAGGAUGUUCUGGCAAUAAAGAACGCCAAAGAAAACAUGGGAGACUUUAAACUGAAGACGGCAGAGGACUACACGGUCCCGGAGCACCUACGUAUCAAUGCGGAGCAGAAGAGGAACGAGCUGGCGAUGCUGGAGAGCAUUAUCCAUGAACAAAAGUCGGCCAUGAACCGAUCCAUCUUAGAGCUGCGAGACUUCAAGGUGGAGACCAUAGAACAUAUGAAGAGUUUAGCGGUGGAGCUAAAAGUCAUCCAGUCCAUGCUGGACCCUUCCAAACAUCUCCCCAUCCCCGAAGUCCCAUCCAUGAAUCCUGAUGAGAUUCCGGAGAGGAAGUUCCAGUAUGACAACGAGACCCUCCAAAAAUUCAAACGGGAGCAAGCGAAGCAGGUCCAGGCCCCGCGGAUGGUGGAAGGAGGUGGAUUUGGAGCCUUCGAAGGGUUCGGAGGGCAGCAGCAAGCUGCAGUUAAGCAGGCCUGGUCUUCAAGGCCGUCCACCACAACGACCGUCAGGUCCUACCGAGCCGUGUCUGCCAGAACCCUCCAGGUGGAGGAUGCAGAACUGUCAGAGCUGGAGAAGGAGAUGAUUCGGAUUGAGGAAAUUCAAAAUCUCUACAGGCAGAAAAAAAUCAUCAAACAGAUAAAUGAUCUGGUGAUUAGCUUUGACGCCGAGCUCCGCCUCCUGCGACACAACAAGCUGCAGCUGGACGUACGAAUGAAAAUGGCCGACCUCCGACACGUCACACUUUUUCGAGGAGCUGAUGCUACUGAAGGAAUAUGAGAAGAGAGAAGACAUUCUGCAGGAGAGGGUCAGCGACCGAGUCUCUGAGCUGGAAGAGAUGAAGAGGAAGUCUGAGGAUUAUCUACAGCAGUUGGAGACUAAGAAGAAGGACAUUGUGAAGCUCCAGGAGAAAGAGAAGACCUUACAUGGCACUUUCCAGACCUCGCUGGGCGAGAACAACAAAUUUGCCACUUUUCUCACCAAAGUCUUUAAGAAGAAAAUGAAACGCACCAAGAAGAAGGAGGUGACGGGGGAUGAAGAAGAGGACGAGGACAGUGAUGAGGAGUCUGAUGAGGAGUCAACGUAUGAAAGUGACGAGGAGGAAUCGGAUUCAGAGGACGGUGUCUUUGAUGAUUCAGUUUGUCCUGACAAUUGCGACCCCCAACUGUUUGACAACACCUUGCAACUGCGAGAAAAGCGCCUGGACAUUGAGGAGGCCCUAGCAGAAGAAAAGAAACUUGUUGAUAAUCUGAAGAAAGAAUACGACACACUGGCCAAAAAGGUGAAAAUAGUCGAUGUGAAUCUGAUGUCGGCGAUGACGGAGCUUGAGGCAUUCCAAAGGGAGAAGCAGCA